CUGAGCUGGGGCGAACCCUGGGCGGGGGCCGGGGCACGGGGCCGCAGUCGUUGUUCCAGCCGCCACCGUGACUGGGCUAGGUCCGCCUCCGCCAGCGCCGGCCCCGGCUGAAUCAGACCUCGGGCGUCCGGCGGCCGAACGGAGGGCGCAGGUGAGCCUAGGACGCUGAGCGCUCUGCCCUACUCUGCCUCGGCUAGGUGGAGGGCUGGCCGGGGGUACUGGACAGACUUGUGCAGCUCCGUGAAGUGCAGCCCCGACCCCCUAGCGCCUGUUUUCACGAGGUCGCUUUUAAGACUAGCGAGCUGACUUCGGGGAGCUAAGAGAUUUUUCUGCGUUUCCUCAGGCAUCAGUGAGAACUCAAACCUCCAGCCAUGCAGCUACAGGCCCUCCUCCAAAAGGACCGCCCCAUGCCACAAAGGGAGCCACUCGAGUUUUCAUGGCAUCCAGCUGGCAAACUCUGACGUGCAUCCUUGACAACAAAAGUUGCUUGUUAACCUCCCAGGGAGGAUCCCUUUCCUUAGGAGGGCCAGACUGAGGGGGUCAAGGCUGGCCAGGUCCGGACUAUGCCAUCCAAGUCAGCUUGCCUGCGCCACACGGAGGCACCUGGGCAGCUGGAAGGCAGAAUGCUCCAGGGACAGCUUCCGAACACGGAAAAGAAGCUCAUCCCAACACCAGGCUCCUUAGCAGCCACUGACUCUCAGGGUUCAGAGACAAGCCCCAUGCCUCCUUUCAGCAUUCCAGCAAAACCAAGCAACCAGAACCCACAAGCUAUGGCAAAUCUCAUCACCCCACAGCCACCCAUUAGACCCAAGUUGGAGCGAACCCUGUCCCUCGAUGACAAGGGCUGGAGAAGGAGGCGUUUCCGGGGUAGUCAGGAGGAUCUAACUGUCCAGAAUGGGGCCAGUCCCUGCAGGGGCUCCUCGGUAGCCCAGUCUCCUGCCUACAGCCGUCCCCUGCCCUGCCUCAGCACAUCCUUGCAGGAAAUACCUAAGCCCCGAAGGGCCACAGGCAGUGAGGGAGGGAGCCCAUCCUUGUGGAGUGACUGUCUUUCUGGAAUGAUCAGCACCUCCUUGGACCUCCUGCACAGAGAGGCUGCCUCAGGUGGGCCCCCCUCCAGGUUGGCAAGUUUGCAUGCCUCACACACACCACCAGCUACGGACCUCAACAUAGCCUCCAGCUCCCUGAGAACAGCAAACAAGGCUGACCCCGAGCACACGGACUAUAAGCUCCACAUGCAGACCAGACUGGUCAGGGCCCACAGCAACCUGGGCCCUAGCAGACCCCGGAGCCCCUUGGCUGGUGAUGAUCACUCCAUUCACUCAGCCAGAUCUUCUUUCAGCCUUCUGGCCCCCAUCCGCACCAAGGACAUCAGAAGCAGGAGCUAUCUGGAGGGAAGUCUUCUGGCCAGUGGGGCCCUGCUGGGAGCAGAAGAGCUGGCCAGGUACUUCCCAGACCGGAACAUGGCUCUCUUCGUGGCUACCUGGAACAUGCAGGGCCAGAAGGAGCUCCCAGCGAGCCUGGACGAGUUUCUGCUCCCCACCGAGGCUGACUACACUCAGGACUUGUAUGUCAUUGGAAUUCAGGAAGGCUGCUCUGACAGGCGGGAGUGGGAGACACGCCUGCAGGAGACACUGGGCCCUCAGUAUGUACUGCUGUCAUCAGCAGCGCAUGGGGUCCUGUACAUGUCCCUGUUUAUCCGUAGGGACCUCAUCUGGUUCUGCUCAGAGGUCGAGUACUCCACAGUAACUACGCGCAUCGUGUCUCAGAUCAAGACCAAGGGGGCCCUGGGUGUCAGCUUCACCUUUUUUGGCACCUCCUUCCUCUUCAUCACAUCUCACUUCACCUCUGGAGAUGGGAAGGUAGCAGAGCGGCUACUGGACUACAGCAGAACCAUCCAAGCCCUAGCCCUGCCCCGGAACGUGCCAGACACAAACCCCUACCGCUCUAGUGCAGGGGAUGUCACUACCCGGUUUGAUGAGGUCUUCUGGUUUGGGGACUUCAACUUCCGGCUAAGUGGUGGACGAGUGGCUGUGGAGGCCUUCCUGAAGCAGAAACCAGAGGUGGAUGUGCUGGCACUCCUGCAACACGACCAGCUUACCCGGGAGAUGAAGAAAGGGUCCAUCUUCAGGGGCUUUGAGGAGGCAGAGAUUCACUUUCUUCCGUCCUACAAGUUUGACAUUGGGAAGGACACCUACGACAGCACGUCCAAGCAAAGGACACCCUCCUACACAGACCGAGUCCUAUACAAAAGCCGUCACAAGGGUGACAUCUGUCCCAUGAAGUACUCCUCUUGCCCUGGGAUCAAGACUUCAGACCACCGUCCUGUGUAUGGCUUGUUCCAGGUCAAAGUGAGGCCAGGACGAGACAACAUCCCAUUAGCUGCCGGCAAGUUUGACCGAGAAUUGUACUUGACAGGAAUUAAAAGACGGAUUUCAAAGGAGAUUCAGAGACAAGCAGCACUGAAGAGUCAGGGCUCCAGCACUGUCUGCACUGUGUCCUGAAGUUCCCAGACCAGGGCUGGCCAUAGCACAGGACGAGCUUGUUCUCUGAUGCUCUUGGAAUGUUGCCAUUCCAAUAAACCAUGGCUAGAGGCUCCCUGCUCUCACCAGACCCCAGCCCUCAGGACAGCAGUGGGCUGUGACCAGGACAAGCUUCACUUACACCAUGUUCCCACAGGCACAUGGCAGGGCAUGUGGACACUAGGCAGCAGUUUCACCCUCAGGAGCAGUCCUGACCUCUUGCCCUUGAGCACUGCUGUCUCUUCAAACUCCUUUUAUCCCUGUUCUCAUGCUAGAGCCCAGGUUUUCCAUCUGUACCCUCCUAAUGGCUCCUUUCCUCCAGGGAAGGAUCAGGCAACCUCUGGUAUCUUAGUGCUCAAUGCCUAGAACCUGCCAGGACUACAAUCGUGGGAUAUUCCCUACAGACAUUUUGACAGGCUUUGAGGGUCUACAUCCUAGUCCCAGGCUCCCAACCCCCAAUUGAGUAGUAGGGACCUCUUCUCUCUACAGGCCAAGCCCAGCUAUAUUAAACUCAUAGUUUCUAGGAGCGUCAGACCAUUUGCUUUUGUGCUGCUAGUCCCAGAAAGGCCUUAGAAAUUGCUGUCAGACAGCACCCUGCUAGGUUUCACUCCAUGAAGCAAGCUUAGGAUCAUCACUGCUCUGUCUUACCCCAUCCCUUCAGAGACAUAGCCUUGAAUGUACAGACACCUAGGGGCAUCCACUCUAGUCUUCUAAAUUAUUUAUUUUUCCAUAUUUAUAUUUUUAAAUAAAUAAGGAUAUAUUCAAUUGUAAACUCUUUCUGGCCAAAGACUGAACCUUGGAAGAAGUCUGCAUGCAUCUCGGGGCCUCAGGACACCCCAGGGUUUUAAAAGGACACAGAAGUCAAAGGCCAAAAAUUUGGUCUCAGCUGUCACCUGUUACUCAGUCCCAUCCCAGGUCUUUCUGCUAGGUGUUGUCCCACCCAGCUCACAGCCAGAAGCAGCAACAGCUGGAAAAAGUGGCGACUUGGGACUCCAGCAAACCAUAGUAAAAUAAGCCAACAAAUGACACCAAACUCAACAGCAUCAGCUUCGACAAUAUGGAAAGUCACCUGCUUCAAUAAACCACUUGAAUGUAGAAAAUGCCAGAAUAUCAAAUCAGUGAACUGUAAAUCCUACUGGGAAGACAGCUUUUUCUCUCCCAGACAGGCUGCCCUGGACCUCAUAAUCCUGCCUCAACUAUUCCUGGCUUGAAUAAGGUCUGAUGUGGUAAGAGUUCCAGACAGUUUUCUCUGUAGCUCUGGCUGUCCUGGAACUCUCUUCGUAGACCAGGCUGGCCUCAAACUCGGAGAACCACCUGCUUCUGCCUCCUGAGUGCUGGGAUUAAAGGUGUGUGCCACCACUGCCCAGCAGUUUGGUGCUUCUUUGUGGACAUUCUCUGGCACCUUAGAAAAGACUGAGGUAAUCCUGGAACUUCCCAGUUUGGCCCAAGAUCAAGAUCAUAAAGUCUUGGGGAUCGGGGCAAAGUGCAGCCAUAGCAAUUUACAUUUAGAGGGCAUUUCAGUUGGAAAAGUUAAACACUUAAACUAGUGCAGAUGAAGUGGGAAAUUAAAACUGGGCUUGUAAAUAAUUGUGAGAUACAACUGGCAUGGCGACUCUUACUGAAAGACCAGUAAUGGAGGCAAAGACAAGAUCACUGUGAGGCCAGCCUUAUCUUAUAUUGAGUUACAGGUCAGCCAGGGCUAAUUAGUAUUCUAUCUCAAAAAA